AUGCCGGAAAAGACUAACACGAGGCAAGCUACGCUGGGGUAUGUCAGAGAUCCGCAGUCGACAAUCUGGAAAUUCUUCGGGUCCGACAGACAAAAUUCCACAGAUGCCGCGAAGCGCCAAACCACAUUGUCUUUUUCAGACGGGAACAGAAGAAAAGAGACCAAUAAAGGUAACGUAUCUACGACAAAACCGCCAGAAAACGAGGGCCAAGAUGACAUAGAUUUGAAUGGAGACGCGAGCGCCGCCAAUGAUGAAUUAACAUCGCCUAAAAAGGGUGUCAAGAGAGACCAGUCUGCGGAAGCAGAAGAAAGCGAUGACUCAGAUAUCCAGCCUGCCAACAAGAGAAGGAAGAAAAACUCCAAAAGCCCUCGUCCCAAGAAGACUGCUAAAGAGGUUCUCGUCGAGCGACCAUCGUCGCCUAUGAAAGCGAAAAAGGCAUCUGGAGAAGUGACACCUGUGGAAGAAGAUGCCGAUGAACCUGCCGAAGAGCCCUCCGCCAGCGAAGAGGAUGAGGACGAGAAACCUGAAAUCAAGAAGAAGCAGAUUGAGAAGGUCCAAGCAACCUUGCAAGGCACCAGCAAUGAUCCGUAUCCUGACUGGAAGGCGGGUGAACCUGUUCCGUACGCCGCACUCUGUACGACAUUCUCUCUUAUCGAGAUGACGACUAAGCGUUUGAUAAUCCUAGCGCAUGCAUCUCUCUUCCUGCGACAGGUCCUUAGACUCACACCAGAGGACCUUUUGCCAACCGUUCAAUUGAUGAUCAACAAACUGGCAGCCGACUAUGCUGGUAUCGAACUAGGCAUUGGAGAGUCUUUGAUUAUGAAAGCAAUUGGAGAAACAACCGGACGAAGCUUGGCUGUCAUCAAAGCAGACCAGCAUGAAAUUGGUGACUUGGGCUUGGUUGCAGCAAAGAGCAGAUCGAAUCAGCCUACGAUGUUCAAACCAAAACCACUAACUGUCCGAGGCGUCCACGAAGGAUUGCUCACGAUUGCCAAGGUCCAAGGUCAUGGAUCUCAGGACAAAAAAAUUUCAGGCAUAAAAAAACUUCUAUCUGCCGCAGAUUCUGCUACGGCAGGCAAGGGAUCCAAGGGAAUUGAUAUCAAACAGGAUAAAGGCGGCCCGAGCGAAGCAAAAUUUCUCAUCAGAUUCCUUGAAGGAAAGCUAAGGCUCGGCCUAGCCGAGAAGACCGUUCUCGUUGCUCUUGCACAAGCAGUAGUUACUCAUGAAGCAGAAGUCAAGAGUGGAAAGUCUCCUAGCGCCGACCUCCUGGUACAGGGAGAGUCUGUACUGAAGCAGGUAUACAGUGAAUUUCCAGCCUAUGAAGUCAUUAUUCCCGCCAUGCUCAAAGAGGGGAUUUUAAAUCUACCGAAUGUCUGCAAGCUGCAGCCUGGUGUUCCGUUGAAGCCUAUGUUGGCUAAACCAACCAAAUCCAUUACCGAAGUUCUGGAUAGAUUCGAGGGCAAGGAAUUCACCUGCGAGUACAAAUAUGACGGUGAACGAGCCCAAAUUCACUAUGUGUCACCGGAAUCUAUCCAUCAAUAUCCCAACGCGAGUGCUACUCUCCAAAAGGAUGCCAAGGGCCUCAGUUCAAUCUUCUCGCGGAACUCUGAGGAUUUAUCCAAGAAAUACCCCGAUAUUCUAGCAAAGCUUGAUACCUGGAUCAAGCCAGGUGUUAGUAGCUUUGUUCUUGACUGUGAAACAGUCGCGUGGGAUAUGGCCAACAAGAAGGUGCUACCGUUUCAGCAGUUGAUGACUCGUAAGCGCAAGGAUGUCAAGGCCGAAGACGUCAAAGUCAAAGUCUGUGUCUUUGCGUUUGAUCUACUGUUCUUGAAUGGUGAGCCAACAGUGAAAAAGUCUCUCCGUGAGCGUCGCCAGCUCUUACAUGAGUCUUUUCAUCCUAUUGAGGGGGAGUUUGCAUUCGCUCAACAUUCGAAUACCAACGAACUUGACGAAAUUCAAAGUCUGCUGGAAGACAGUGUGAAAGCGUCCUGCGAGGGUCUGAUGGUCAAGAUGCUUGAUACAGAAGAGAGUGGCUACGAACCCAGCAAGCGAAGUCGGAACUGGCUUAAGGUCAAGAAAGAUUAUUUACAAGGUCUUGGAGACUCUCUUGAUCUCGUCGUUCUGGGAGCAUACUUUGGCCGAGGAAAGCGAACUUCGGUCUACGGUGCCUUCCUAUUGGCAGCAUACAACGCCAGCAAGCAAACUUUUGAAACAAUCUGUAACAUUGGCACAGGUUUUUCUGAAGCCUUGCUUGAAGAGCUUCACAAAGAACUCUCCCCUCUCGCCAUCGACCGCCCCAAACCCUUCUAUGAGCACUCAACUGUCCCUAAAGAUCAGCCAGACGUCUGGUUCGAACCCCGUCUAGUCUGGGAAGUCAAAGCUGCAGAUCUCACCUUGAGUCCGCGCUACAAGGCAGCAUCGGAAGAGGUUGUCGGCACAUCCGGCGCGGACGGGAAAGGUAUCUCUCUGCGUUUUCCUCGAUAUAUCAAAGCGCGUGACGAUAAGAAACCCGAGCAGGCGACUACCACUCGAGCUGUGGCGGAGAUGUAUCGUCGACAAGAGGCGGUAGCCAAGGAGACUGCCGGGAAAGGAGGUGUCGAUGAUGAUUUCGAGUAUUAG